UCGACUAGGCUCUUCACCAAGACUCGCGCAAUUUCCAUACACUCCUGCCUUUCUUAAAGAUAUUGGUUUGUCGCAUAGCCGAGACGAAGCGCUACAACCAGGAAAGGGAGAAAACACCCACCAUGACUGAUAUUGGACGGCCGGGGUCUAAUACGGCUCCUAUGACGAACAACGCCGAAAAACGACGAACGCAGUUGGGGGAAUUGAUUACUCGAGCUGCUGCGAAAGAUGCCAUCAAAGACCACAAUGCAGCUGCUGAGCUUUACUCCGAGGCCACGGAACUUCAAGCAGAUUUGAAUGGGGAAAUGUCGCUUGAUAAUGCAGACUUACUGUUCGCUUACGGCAAAGCGCUAUAUAAUGUUGCUGUCAGCAAAAGCGAUGUACUCGGAGCUAAAGUGGCGGGUGAGCCACAUGCGCAGUCAAAUGUUGUAACUACCGAAAGCUCCACGUCUGUUGGAUCGACGUCUGCAAGCGACAACCUUAUUCAAAGUGCCGUGGCGAAUGGCGCGGCUAAAAAGGAGGCCGGUGCUAAUGAAAAAGGGCAAUCUGAGAAACAAAAUACGCCAUUCUUCCAGUUUACUGGCGACGAGAACUUUGACGAGUCGGAAGAGGAAGAGGAGGAUGAAGGCGCACAGGCCGAUGCUGGCGAUGAGGACGAGGAUGAUUUUGCCAACGCUUUUGAGGUGCUCGAUCUCGCCCGUGUACUUUACCAGAAGAAAUUGAGUGCGGCUGAAGAAAGUGAUGAGAAAGGAAAAUCAACGGAAGUGCCUUUCGAAAAUAAACAACUCAAAGAACGCCUUGCGGAUACGUACGACUUACAGGCUGAAAUCUCGCUUGAAGGGGAAAGAUUUCUGGAUGCUGUCACGGAUCUCAGAACGGCGCUUGAUUUGAGACUGGCCUUAUUCCCGAUGGAGGAUCCCGUCGUCGCCGAAUGCCAUUACAAACUUUCUCUCGCUUUGGAAUUCGGCGCCGUCAGUAAGACGGAAGAAUCUGGUGAACAAGAUAGCCAUGGUCAAAGCAAAGUGGAUGAAGAGAUGAGGAAGGAGGCGGCGGUCCAAAUGGAGAAGGCUAUUGAAAGCUGUCAAGCUCGGAUGGUUCAAGAACAAAAGAGAUUGGAUGGUGAUGACGCCCCAGACGAGGACAAAGCAACAGCGCUGAAGAGGAAAAUUGAUAAUGUGAGGGAGAUAGUCGCAGACAUGGAGCAAAGGCUUAUUGAUCUCCGGCGUCCACCGGUAUUAAUUGAAGAGCAAGAACGGAGCGACGAGGCUAUCCUCAAAGGCAUCCUCGGUCAAAUUGUUGGCCAAUCUAGUACUGAACAGACAGCGCGGUUGGAUGCGGCGACGAAGAGUGCAACGGACUUGUCCGCGUUUGUUAAACGAAAGCCUACUAAUGGCCAGUCUUCUCAGAAACCGGAUUCUAGCAAUAAGCGACCUGCUGAGCAGUCUUCCCAGGGUAAUGACGUGAAACGGGCGCGAGUGAGCGAUGGCAGCGUUGAUAAAUCUUAGGCGGGCCGAGAGGAUGGUAAAGGAAUUGUUUUUUAAGAGAAUUUACCGGGAUGGUCAGAAUGAUACCCAUAAAAAGGCUUUAGCAAGGCUUGCAGCAUUCGUUUAAUUUUUUAUGUUGUUCAUUUUCUUGCGGCCUGGGUUCAAAUAUCGUGGAACGAAAGGAUAGUCUCAUGUCCAUACCUUUGUUAUUAUACAUUAACGUUUAUCGCCUCAAUCAUACAUAAUUCAGGCAGGACAAAUAUGAUUAUGGCCGUUAGUAUCAGACGAAGACCCGACGUCAUUAUGUUCCAGGUAGAACUAAAAGUCUCCGAAGUUCAGAGACAUGAUGCAGAACAAUGUCGCCAGGUCGUAGUCAACUAAGACCGAACACUGUGGAACGAUGGUUAGGCUUACGACCCCUUCGACGCAUAGCCAGAUCAGGAUUCCAGAUUCCGGCAAAUAAGUCCUCGCACUCAUCCUCAUCUU